AUGGUAGAGCUGCAACAGGCGGCGAGAUGGUUUUGGAUCCACGGUUUGCCAUGGCUCACACUGACCCUCAGUUCCAGAAGGUUCCCCAGCGCAAGACGAAGGUUGCUAUCGAUUCCAUAUUCAAACGCAUGUUCACCAACAAGAAUUUCGGUGGCUCCUCCACAAAUUUAG